AUGACAGAACGGUGGAACGGCGUGGAACUGAAAGCUAUCAGCGACAAUCGAUUGAGUAUUGUGGAACUCGAUGUGAAUGACGACAAUUCAAUUCGAAGAGCCUACAAGGAGGUUGAAAAAAUCGUUGGUGAUGGAGGUCUCAAUGUACUGGUAAACAACGCAGGGAUCCUGAUACAGUACUUCUUCAAUAGAGAGCCUGAUCGCUCCGUUCUCGCCAAGGUUAUCGACACAAACGCUGUUAGCGUGGCCGUUCUUACGCAGAUAUUCUUACCACUCCUGCGUAAAGCAGCCUCCCACGGCAAUGACGAGUUUUCUGUGGACCGUGCUGCUAUCCUAAAUAUUUCGUCCGAUAUGGGUUCUGUCGGGGCGAAUAAUUCCGGAUCAGCACAGAAGAACAGUCUAGCAUAUAGAAUGAGCAAGUCUGCUCUGAAUUGUUUGUCGAGGAAUCUAUCCGUUGAUCUUGAAUCAGAACGUAUUCUUGUGGCUUCAUUCCAUCCUGGAUGGGUGCGAACAGAUAUGGGAGGAGAAGAUGGAGAAAUCUCGGUUGAAGAAUCAACAGCGUUGUUGAUGUCGUCGUUUGCGAAAUUGAACAAGGCGCAUCACGGCGGCUAUUUCAGCAAAACUCUUGAGGCAAUGGCUUAUUGA